AUGGCAGACGUCAAGAAGAAACUGAUCAGGGUACUGAUACGAGACUACCACGCCCGCAUCCACAAGUACCGCCAGAUAAUUGAACAUCAUUCGUCAACUUUCCAGUCGAUCUUUACGACACACGAGCUAGAGGUCCUCAAAGCGGCAAUUCUCGACAGCGCACGGCGUCACCGCAAGUUGCGUGAUGACCAGUUGUCUGGAAAAUUUGAGAAAAUAAGUCCGCCAAAGCAGCCCUCUACUGACGGUGCCUUGGUUCACAACUUGUCCUCUCAUCGUUUCACUCAGCAACAACUAGCGGUUCUAUCCUAUGACGUGAAGUUCAACACAAGAGAUGCUCUACAAGAAGACUUUAUUGCAUCCUUUGAAUCGGCGCUCCAGAAGUGUGAGGCAGGCGAGGAGUGCAAAAACGCCAUGCGAUAA